AUGAUGACGAUGUCAGCCAAUCAUAUUGUCCCAAGUCACACACCGCAAAUGUACAGGCAGGAAAGAUGGCAGCCAGAAAUGGGAAGAAUGGAUUACUUGAGAAAUGGAGGAUUGAUGAGAAACCUGUAAAAAUUGACAAAUGGGACGGUGCAGCUGUCAAGAAUUCUCUUGAUGAUGCAGCAAAGAAGGUCCUUUUGGAGAAAUAUGGCUAUGCUGAGAACUUCAAUCUCGUCGAUGGACGUCUCCUUAUUUGUACAAUCUCCUGCCUCUUCGCCAUUGUAGCUUUAAUUUGGGACUUCCUUCAUCCAUUCCCUGAGUCCAAACCAGUCCUGGCAAUCUGUGUCAUAUCGUAUUUCAUAAUGAUGGGCAUUCUAACUUUAUACACAUCCUACCAAGAAAAGAACAUCUUCCUUGUUUCGGUUCAGAAAGACCCUGCUGGCAUGGACCCUGACCACACAUGGCAGCUUUCAUCUAGUCUGAAAAGAUUUGAUGACCAGUACACUCUAAGAGUGUCCUUCACGGAUGGAAAGUCCAAACACUCACGGGAGCAGGAGAUAACGAAGUCUGUGGGGGCUUUCUUUGAUGAGAAUGGAACCCUGGUCAUGGACCAGUUUGAAAAAUGUGUGUCUAAACUCCAUGACACAUUGGCUACUGAAAAGAAGACAAAAUGAUAGAGAUCCAAUGCUAGCCAAUUCUGGAAAACACAACAUAAACAGCAGUGGACCGCUCUGGUAUUGUACGGUCCUGGUUGCAUUCGAAUCAGUCAUUGGUUGUUAUAAAAGUCUGCACGCAACUUUUGUUGUUCAUUGUUACAUUUGUCCAAUAACUUUUAUUUUUAUCACAGUUGUCCAUUAAUAUUCUUUCUGUGUUAAUGCUGAUAUAAGUCUCAUCUAUACAAUUAUUUUAAGUACCCCUUAAAAGCAAAGGUUAAUAAAAGCUUUGCUGGCAUUUGCAUCGCUCAAGUUUUCAUUGUUACCAUUGAAUGGCUGAAAAUGAACAGAGUUUAAGGUGUUUAUUUUAUGAUUAUUUUUUUUUUACACAAGGCCUUAGAAGAGUCAAGAAAACAGGACUUUUUUUCCUAUAUAAAACGUCCUUAAAGCCUUAUUUAGUGGAGCAAGUCUUUCUUUUAAAAGCUUUGCAUUUUAUUAGUUCAUGGAUUUUUUUUGGUAUACUGUAGUUAUAAGGCUUUAAAGGGCAAAUAACAAAGGACUGUCCAGAAAUGUCGUGUGGUUGUCACCUGCCUUUAUUCAGUAUUUUUAUUUUUUUUAACAGGCACACCUAUUUUCUUGUAAAUAUUUUGUUGAUAGUUCGGAAAUGGAAUUGAAGUUAUCCUGACCGUUGGUUUUCAUUUUCCUUUGUCACAGAAUAUUGAAAACACGUACACUAGCAGAUUUUGUAAAGACAAGGGUUUAUUUAAAUCUCUAUCGCUGGAUCGUUAACGAUUGCGUCAAUAAACUUUUGAAGUUAAUAUCGGUUAAGCCGAAUACCGCACAGACUUGCGUUAGACUUGAGUCAUGCUGUAUAUAUCCGCGAUACCGAUUUAAUAAAGCCCUUAAUUUAUUUUUUAAAACUUUGAUGGUAGUCUUGAAUGUAGUUUAUUUCCCUGUAGUAUUACAUUUAAGCGCUACAGUCUGCUAUUUAUGUCUAUAGAGCUUUGGCUUUAGCAACCUUUAUUGUACCUGCCUGUUCAUACAAGUUUAAAAUAAAGUUAAUGGCAUUUUUA